UGCAAGGGGAAGGUGUGAAAGCUUCACAAGAAGCUGUGCAUUGUGGGGCUGGUGCAAGUCCAGGACUUACCUUAGAAAGGACUCCUGAACCUGUGAUUGCGCGUGAGAGCGUGGAACCAGUUAGAGAGGCGUUGUCAGGAGUGAUGCCCUGGCAAACCACAGCAGGGACAGAACCUCUCAGUGCAAACCAAACACAGAGUUCCAUCAUUUCACAGACUCAGGUCGUGACACACACCAGAACCUCACAAUCCGAGGUGGUUGGGGAGAGAAAGGAUUCUGAACUUGCUCCAGAAGAUCCAAGCAAAGCAGAGGCAAGGAGCAGAGAAGCAGUCCUAGAACCUGCACAAACUUUAGAAACCAGUUCCAAACCUGUUCAGGAACAAGUAGUAGGUCAUUCAGCAGCAGUACUGGAGUCUUUGCCCAGAGUGGAAGAAAACAAUGUGACAGAAUUGACAGAUGUGCAAACUCAGGGACCUACUGUAGAAUAUCUACUUGGAACAAGGACCAGCACACAAAGUGAGCUCUCAGAAACUGAGAAAGCGAAGUAUUUGGGGCCAGCACCAGAAGCUGGAGAAGUGAGUUGGUUGGAGAGCAUGAAAGAGUCUGCAGCAGUAGAGGUAAAAGAUUCUGGAACAGAUGGAGAGGUAGCCAUGGAUGAUGCUUCAGCAACUGUUCCAGAAUCUUUGCACACAGAAAAGCCAGAAGAGCUGCAGGGAGUUCUAGAAGUAAAACCUGCUGCAGAAUGGAAGAGUUCAGAAGAGGCUCCAGAAGUCUUGGGUGCUGCUGGACUGAAGUCUCCUGAAGCAGUUUCAAAACCAGGGGACAUGAAAGGUCUGGAAACAACACCGGAACACACAGUGACAACAGAGGUACAAUCUGCAGAAGGAGUGCAGGGUCAACAGGUGGAGGAUAUGGUGAUUGAGAAGGAAGAUGCAGAGCAGACUCGACCAUCUGAGCUUCUUGCAGAAACAGUUGUUAGUUCUUCACAUGCUGCAGAGGAAAAAGACUCCACAGGGACUCCUGUGGCAGGAACGCAAGAUUCGGAAGCUGCUCCUCAGACCGAUGAAGAGCUGAAAGAUGCAGCAGCUGUGGGGUUGGAGGCAGAGACAAAAGAUUUGGAAGCAGCUCCAGUACCUGAGACUGAAGCAGAAGCAGCCCAGGCAGAAGUCAUUCCAGAGGCUGAGGAUGUCAAAGAAGCAACUCCAGAAGAGGACUCAGAGAAAAGAGACUCAGAAACAUCUGAUGUGCAACCUGAUGUGGCAGCACGAAUGAAGGAGACUCUCAUGAGACUGGAGAACGUGGUUGAGAAAAGCAGCCAUAGAAGCAGUGAGAAAAAACACGAUUCAAAGAAGAAGAGGAGCCGCUCCAAGUCUCAGUCCAGGUCUAGGAAGCGGAAGAAGAAAUCCAGGUCCCGCUCUACUUCCAGGCGCUUGACCUCCAAAAGAGCCCGUUCCAGGAGCAGAAACUAUUCGGUUUCCAGAAAAAAGCAUUCCAAAUCCAGAUCCCGAUCUGUGGACAAGAGAGAGAGAAGAGUGUCGUCCCGGAGGUCCAGGCGCAGGCGUUCCAGGUCGUCUGACCGGUACAGGUCCAAAUCCAGGUCAGCAGAGAAGAGGUUGUCCUCUGGGAGGUCCAGGCGGAGACGUUCCAGGUCGUCUGACCACUAUAGGUCUAAAUCCAGGUCCGUGGAGAAGCGACUGUCCUCGCGGAGAUCAGGGCGCAGACGCUCCAGGUCCUCUGACCGCUACAGGUCCAAGUCCAGGUCCGUGGAGAAGCGACUGUCCUCCAGAAGGUCCGGGCGCAGACGCUCCAGGUCUUCUGACCGCUACAGAUCCAAGUCCAGGUCAGUGGAGAAGAGACUGUCCUCUCGCAGGUCUGGGCGCAGACGCUCCAGGUCCUCUGACCGCUACAGGUCUAAGUCACGGUCAGUGGAGAAGAGGUUGUCGUCCUGGAGAUCCCGCCGCAGACAUUCCAGGUCCUCUGACCGUUCCAAGUCUAGAUCCAGGUCUUCAGAAAAGGGAGGCGGCAAAGAAUACUCCUGGAGGUUCAGGCACCGGUCUGGCUCCUCCGAUCGCUCCAAAUCCAGGUCCCGGUCUGUAGAGAAGAGAGGUCGGAAGGCGUCUGUGCGGAGGUCGAAGCGUCAGCGCUCCAAGUCCUCGGACCGCUACAAGUCGAGAUCCAGGUCGGUAGAAAAGAGAGAUCGGAAGCAAUCGUCGCGCAAGUCAAAACGCCAGCGCUCCAAGUCCUCGGACCGCUACAAGUCGAGAUCCAAAUCAGUGGAAAAGAAGAAGGAAUCCUCACGGAAAUCCAAGCGCCGCCGCUCAAAAUCCUCCGAACGUUACAAGUCCAGGUCCAGGUCUGUCGAAAAAAAGCGCAAGGAAUCUUCCAAAAAAUCCAAACGGAAACGUUCCAAGUCCUCUGACAGCGUUAAGUCAAGGUCCAAAUCUGUAGAAAAAAGAGACAAUAAGUCGUCAUCAUCAAAGUCCAGCAAACAUGCAGAGUCGUCUGAACUUCAGGAGUCUACCAAAGGUGUUGAAAAUGUUCCUGAGCCUUCUAUUGGAAGUGAAGGCAAAUCUUCCAAUGGUCCCAUGUCUUUGUCUGAUCAGGGAAUAAACGGCCCAGAGCUGCCGCCGUCAUAUGGAAGUGGUUUUUCCAAAACGUCUGAUAACCUUGAGGAAAGCUUGUCUGUUGAAAAAACAGGAGAUCUGCAGUCUUCUGCCAUGUCUGAAUUGGAUACCUCCAAAACUCCAGAUGACCGGCAAUUGAGAUCAAUGUCUGUGGAAAAAACACAGGAUUCAGAGCUUUCUAUGACAUCUGAAAAUGGAUCUGCUGAAAAAGCAGAGGCUCUGGAGUCUUCACCGCUACCUGAACUUCCAUAUUCCACACCCAAAUCAAGAUCUUCAUCUGUUGAAAAAAGGAGAGAUGCGGAAACUUCUUCAGCAGCAGAAUUCCAUGUCUCCACAUCCCAUGGAGACGUGUCCAGAACUCUCAGAGAAGUAGAAGGUCCAGAGCUUCCUCCGUCAUUUCUAAGCGACUCCAAGACCAUCUCCUCAUCCUCUGGCAGAGUGGAAGUUCAGGGAUCUUCUGUGCUGUCCGAAGGCACGCUCUCCAACUUGGCUGAUGGUCCUGAAUUGCGACAUAUCCCUGGUGAGCAAACAGAGCUCCCGCAGAUUCUGCAAGUCCCUGAACAUGGAUCUUCCCAGCUGGCUGCCAGCCCUGGAGCAGGGGAAGCCCAGAGGCCUUCCCUGGCACCUGAAGGGACCCACCCUGCGAUCCCUGAUGGCUGUGAGUCUGGCCAGAUCCAGGAGCCUUCUCUGGUUUCUGACAGCGGACCCUUCAUGUCUCCUGAUGGACAUGGAUUGGGGUCCAGCUUUGCUGCUCCAGUAGACCGGCCUUCAUUGUCUGUAGGGGAGUCCUUCGAGUCCCCAGGUGGAAAUGAACAAAGAUACUUAUCUGUUGAAAAAGUCAAGGCUGCAGAUGUUUCCCUCACGUCUGUGCAUGGUCCUGUUGAGAACUCUGAUGACCUCGUCUCAGUGUCCUCCUUUAAAGUUCAUGAGUCCAGAUCAUCUGUUGGCCAAGGUUUAGACGGCCCGACGCUUCCCCAAGUCCUCGAGGUUGACUGCUCGGGAUCUUCGGAAACACACGAGUCGAGAUACCUGCCUGCUGGGAAAAUAGACGGUGCAGGAUCUGUGGUGCUCUCCAAGAGCGGGAUUCCCGUGUGCCACGAUGGCCACAAAGCAAAGUACAAUUCCUUUGAGAGCACAGAAGGUGCAGGACUGUCAGUGGCGUCUGAGCUCAGGUGCUCGGUGUUCCCCGAAGGCUACAAACUGGCACCUGCUGCAGUUGAGAAAGGGGAGAUCCAGAAGUCUCCCCUCUCGCUGGAAAGUGGGUUCUCUGUGUCUGCUGAUGGAGAAGCAGUGAGCACACCUGAAAAACUGCAGCCCCCAGGGACUGCUCUGACAUCGGAAGGGGGGGUUGUCCUGAUGCCCGACUGCCAUGAACUGAGACCUGUCCCUGCUGAAAAAGUGGAGGUGCUGAAUUCAUCUGAGCUGAAAGUCCUUGCCUCCCCUGACGGCUACAGGCUGGGAUCUGCCUACGCUGAAAUACAGGUGCAGGAAAGCAGAUGUUCGGUGUCCUCCGACGGUCACGAGGUGACAUCCACCCCUUUGGAAAGAGCUGAGGUGGAGGAGCCUUCCCGAGUGUCCGACAGUGAACGCGCGAUAGGGCUCGAUGGCCCGGAGCUGACGUCGACCCCUGCUGAGAACACAGAGCUGCGCAGGCUUUACCAGAUGUCUGAGGAGAGAAAUUGGGUGUCUGCCGAGAGCCAGGAGCUGCAGGCACCCUCUGCUGAGAAGGCCCAGCUGCAAGAGCCUGCCCUGGGGUCUGACAGCGAGUACACCGUGUCCUGGCUGCCCCAGGAGUUGAGGUCCAGCUCUCCUGGAAGGGCAGAGGCGCAGGAGGCUGCUGUGGUGCCCCACAGUGACUAUGCUGUGGUUGCUGAACACCACACGCUGCCAUCUUCCCUGGCUGCAAAAGCAGAGGGGCAGGAGUGCUCUGUGAGUGCUGGAGUGUCUCCUGAAGGCCAGGUGGUGAUGGCCAGCCCAGCUGAAAAAGAGGCACAGGAGCCCUGUCUGCCACCUGGCAGUGAAUAUUCCAUCUUCCCUCAGGGCCUCUCUGGGAACGCGGCAGUGCAGGAGCCGUCACCCGUCCCAGCCAGCCAGUACGCUGCGUCUCCCGAGGGGCGGGAGCUGCUCCCUGCUUACACUGAGAAACCAGAGGUGCAGGAGUGUUCUUUGCUGUCUGAAAAUGAGUACGAUGUGUCCCCCGAGAGGCGAGAUUUGAGAUCCAGUCCUGCUGAGAAAGAAGAAUUGGAGGAACCCUCUGAAGCAUCUGAAAGUGAAAGUUCAAUAUCCACCGACAGCCAGGAGUUGCAGCCUGCAGCUGUUGGAAAAACAGAGGUGCAGGAGUUGUCUUUGUCUGAGGGUGAGUGUCCCAUGUCCCCUGAAGGUCAGGAGCUGCAGUCUAGCCCCACUGAAAGAGUGGAGGCCAAGGAACCUUCUGUGACAUCUGAAAACGAACACGCUCUGUCCCCCGAGGAUUAUGAACCGCGAGUGACUCCUGCUGAGAGAGCAGAGGAUGCUGUGGCAUCUGAACAUGGCCAUUUGUUUUUUGAGAGCCAGGAGGUGAGGUUCCCCCCUCCUCAGAAAGCAGAUGAGCAGGAGCUCUCUCCAACACCUGACAAUGACCAUGGAGCAUCUCCUGAUGGGCGGGAGCUGAGAUUCACCAGUGCUGGAAAAACAGACGGCCUUGAGCCUUUGGCACUGAACGACAGAGCCUCCAUGUCCCCUGAUGACAGGGACCAUAAAUCCAUCCCUGCUGAGCAAAUGGACCACGCGAUGCCUUCUUUGUUGCCUGAAGGUGAGCGCUCCGUGUCUCCGGACGGCUACAGUGUGAGAUCAGGCCCGGGAGAAGAAACGGGGGAUCUGGAGCCCUCUUUGAGAUCUGAGCGUAGAUAUUCCACGUCCUCCUAUCAGGAGGGUCAUGAGCUGAAAUCUCCCAUGGAGGAAGAGGGUCUGGAGUCCUCUUUGACUUCUGAACACAGGCGGUCUGUGUCCCCCGAGGGCCACGACCGGAAAUCUCCCAUAGAUGAGGAAAUGGAGGAUGUGGAGAGACGUUCCAGCUCCCCUGAAGAGCAGGAGUCAAGCGCGGGUGAAGAAGCAGAGGAUCUGGAGCAGCCUCUGACAACAGAACGUAGAUGCUCCGUGUCUUCUGAUGAGCACGAGUCAAGGUCAACCACCGGGGAGGAGGCAGAGGAUGCAGAACCCUCCUUGACAGCUGAACGAAGAGACUCCAUAUCCUCUGACGAGCACGAGUCGAGGUCCACUGCUGGGGAGGAUGGAGAGGAUGGGGAGGCCUCUGUGACGGCUGAACGUAGACACUCCACGUCUUCUGAUGACCGCGAGUCCACAGCUGGUGAAGAGACAGAGGACUUGACAGCCGAACACAGACGGUCUGUGUCUCCAGACGGACGCGAGUCGAGGUCAAGUGCUGGCGAAGAAGCAGAGGAUCAGGAGCUCUCUUUGACAGCUGAACGCAGACACUCCACAUCUUCUGAUGAGCACGAGUCGAGGUCUACUGCUGGUGAGGAUGCAGAGGAUGUGGAACCCUCCUCGGCAGCCGAGCGAAGAGAUUCCACGUCGUCGGAUGAGCAGGAGUCAAGGUCUGAGGCUGGUGAAGAAGCAGAGGAUGUGGAGCCCUCUCUGACAGCUGAGCACAGACGUUCUGCAUCCCCUGACGGGGCUGAGUCCAGGUCUACCACCGGGGAAGAAGAAGGAGAUGAUGCAGAGCCCUCCUUGACAGCUGAACAAAGAGACUCCACGUCGUCAGAGGAGCACGAGUCAGAGUCUUCCAGUGGGGAAGAGGAGGGUGAGGAUGCGGAGCCCUCUUUGGCAGAUGAAGAUAAGCAGGAUUCCGUGCCUCUGGAGCAGUCGGAGGAACAGGACUUUGUCCCUGAAAGCAGACGUUCCGAGUCUUCUGAACGUGAAAAGUCUAGAUCCAAAUCUGUUGACAAAGUGUCUGACAAAGAGUCUCCCCAGAGAUCAAAGUCUCCCACCCGCCAGAAGAGCCGAUCCAUGUCCGUCGAGAAAGCAGCGGACAAAGAGUCCACGCGGAGGUACCGACGGAGACGCUCCAGGUCCACCGCUCGCCAAAGGAGCCAGUCCAUGUCCGUGGAGAAGGCGACGGACAAAGAGUCCACCCGCAGGUCCCGGCGUAGGCGCUCCAGGUCCACCGCUCGCCAAAGGAGCCAGUCCAAAUCCGUGGAGAAGGCGGUGGACAAAGAGUCUUCACGCAGGUCCAGGAGCAGGCGCUCCAGGUCCUCUCAGCGCAGGUCCAAGAGAUACGACACGGACUCUCGCUCCAGGCGGAAUCGCUCCAGGUCAGCCACGCGGAGGAGAGCUUCGCGAUCCAAAUCCAACCGCCGCUCUCGCUCCAGCUCCUUGUCACGGUCCAGGCACAGGAGGAGGAGCAGGUCACGGUCAGCGUCCCGGAGGCGACGCUCCUUGUCCAGGGACAGGCGCAAGAGGUCUCAGAGAAACAGAUCCAGGUCUGCCGAGAGAAGACGGAGGAGAUCGGAUUCCAGGGAUCGGAGGAUAUCGCUCCGGUUGCGGAGCAGGAGUCGGACGCCUCUUCGGCAAAGGAGGUCGAGAUCCAGAGGGAGGAGACGGAGCUCCAGCAGGUCCCCGAUCCGACUGCGGCGCUCGAGGUCUUCAGGGCGAAGGAGGUACAGCAGGUCCCCCGACCGCCGCCGCUCCCGCUCCUCCGAGUUCUCCAGCAGGUCCCCGAAGCGUCUCACGGACCUGGACAAGGCCCAGCUCCUCGAGAUCGCCAAAGCCAACGCGGCCGCCAUGUGUGCGAAGUCCGGGGUGCCCCUGCCCCCCAGCCUGAUGCCCCUGCUGUCCCAGAAGAAGGACGACAAAGCCAACCAGAAAUCCUCCCGGGACACGCUGAAGGAGCUCACGGAGAAGUGCAAGAAGAUUGCCCAGAGCACGGACGAUGUGAUCGUGAACAAACCCCACGUGUCGGACGAGGAGGAGGAGGAACGGCCCUUCUACAACCACCCAUUCAAGCUCAGCGAGCCCAAACCUAUUUUCUUCAAUUUAAGUACUCCCAGCAUAAAACCAGCACCACCCCCCCAACCAAAAAACCAGGUCAGCCUGUCCAAGGAAUUCCCUGUGUCCUCGGGGUCCCAGCACAGGAAGAAGGAGGCAGACAGUGUCUAUGGAGAGUGGGUUCCCGUUGACAAGGGGGGCAAGGACGACGGCAAGGACGAUGUGUUCCCCAAACCAGCCAUUGAGUGUGUGGACAUAACCACGGCCAUGAACGACCGGGCGGUGGCCCAGAAAAGGCUCAACGAGAACUCCUUCGACCUGGAGGCCAUGUGCAUGUUGAACCGAGCACAGGAGCAGAUUGAUGCCUGGGCCCAGUCCAACUCCAUCCCUGGCCAGUUCACGGGCAGCACUGGGGCACAGAUCCUGUCCUCGGACGAGCUCACCAACAGCGGCCCCCAGGCCUGGAUCCGAAAGGAUCAGUUCUUAAGAGCAGCCCCCGUCACUGGAGGAAUGGGAGCUCAGCUGAUGAGGAAAAUGGGCUGGAGAGAAGGAGAAGGGCUGGGGAAGAAUAAGGAAGGCAGCGUGGAGCCCAUCAUGGUGGACUUCAAGACAGAUCGAAAAGGGCUGGUUGCUGUGGGAGAGAAGGCCCAGAAGAGAUCCGGCCAUUACGUGGUGAUGAAGGAUCUUUCAGGGAAGCACCCGGUGUCUGCGCUGAUGGAGAUCUGCAACAAGAGGAGGUGGACACCGCCCGAGUUCGUGUUGGUGGACGACAGCGGGCCUGAUCACCGCAAGCAUUUCAUCUUCAAGGUGAGAGUGAACGGCAACGAGUACCGGCCCACCUUUGCCAGCCUUAACAAGAAGCACGCGAAGGCCACGGCGGCCACGGCGGCGCUGCAGGCGAUGGGGCUCGUACCAAAGGAGAGCAUGGUCAACACCACCAUGUUCAGGAGUGCCUCCCACCGCUGAGCCCGGCCCGGCCCGCGCUGCUCCGCUCUCCGCGUCCGCCCCUCGGGUUGUAAAUACGUCGGCAGUUCCCACCUUGUAAAAACUGUACAGACGCCCACAGGUUUUUUUUCUUUUGUACCAUCCAAAUGUAUUUAAAUCAUACUUAGUUUUUGGUAUGUUUAUAUUGUUUACAUUAGUGAUGUAAUUAUUUCUUAAACGACUAAAUCGGAGGACAGGCUCUGGAGGCAUCGGUGACCGAACUCUUGGCUAAAGCUCCCGCAGCUCCUCUCUCUUUGGAAUGCUGAUGCUUGGAGGUCCCUGGAGAGCACAACAGGAUUGACCCCCUGGCCCUGCCCCGGGGGGCCCUCAGUGGCCACCUGCGCUCCGGGACAGCCGCACGAGCCACGAGAGGCUGCCAGGGGGACACGGAGGGGACUCCGGCGUGUCCCGGGACAGAGGGGCUGUCCCCAACCAGUGAACUCACUGUCUGAUGCUGAUUGUACGGAUUUGUGGUUCAUGUGAAUUUUAAACUUUACCAGAUUUACAACUGGACUGGGGGGGAGGGGUAGGAUGACGCUUCAAUUGUUGUACCCGACUUGGUCAAUAAAGCAGCACAAGUUCAUAAUCUGCACCCCUGGUCAGCAGACGGUAAUUCCAGCGGAUGCCAAGCCAGGAAUCGGGAAUUGAAAUAUGCCAAAAUGCCUCCUGGAAGAAACGCACACGGUGCAGAAGUGGCUUUGGGAGGAUUCUCGACAGCCAUGGGGCGGCAGGAGCAGGUCCGGUUAUUUUUGUUGCUUUGACCUGUUACAAAAUAACUCCUUGAACUUAACAUUUCCAUGAGGAUCCUGUGCCCCCAAGGAGAGCCCUGCGCAGUUGGACGGCAGAGGAUGUAGAAAGCUUUUCCUCCUCAUUUAUCUUUUAUUUAAGAAGGAUCAGUCCUUUGCCUGCGUGCCCUUGGAAGUGGGCAGGGCCCUGCACCCUUCCUGCCAGCUCUGAGCUGGGAGCAGAGUGCCAGGACUGCUGGACUGGGAUAGUUCAGGUGCUCAUUCAGAGAAGUUUUUUUGAGCUGUUGUAUCCGAGCUGGGUCUGGGGCAGGAAUUGCUGGUGCCUGGAGUCGUGUGUAUCCCAUCAGUGUCACAGAACAAGGUCUGUCCUUCCCUGAGGGGACAGGGGUUGGUGUCUCUUGUGCAGCAGAAAUGGGGUUGGUUUGCAGACUAAAGAGCCCCUCUGAGUCUGUCCAAGCGCUCUGGAAAUGCUUCAGUUGAUCUUCAUUUUCAUGGACGUUGUUGUCUUGAAUUAAACUUUUUUCCCUUUGGCUUCUCGC